AUCAUGUAUGAGAUGUGCUGAAGGUCGCAAUGGAGAUGGCCCAGUAAAGCAAGUACGGUAGGCGCAAUCAACGGCAGCAGUCACCACCAACGCGCUUAACGGCCAAUUAGGGCCAACGCUGAUCCUAGUGUAAAGAGCAACUUCAGCUUACCUGAAACUACGUGGCUGCGAACCAGUAUAGCGAACAAUUUAUUCCCGCGCGCACGCGAUCGCGUUAACCCUGUUGUAUAACCACUUGUAAUAUAGAUUAGUAUCCAUUUGAAUCACUUGCAAGGCCUCUAAGCUUCGGGCUGCGGUUCCGCAGCACCCUGCGUUACCGAUCGGCCGCCGCUUAGUUCCCCCAGCUACGGCGCGUCGCUCCACCCGCAGCAAGCCAUCAUGGACUACCAGGGGGAGCAGGACAUGGAGCUGGAGGCGCUUCAGGCCAUCCUGAUGGACGACCUCAUAGAGUACGAGGGCAACCUGCCCAGCGGCUGGGUUGCCGCGGGCAAGACCUACAAGAUCGUCAUCGCGCCCGACGAGGAGGACGGCGCUGACUCGGGCGAGUACCCGCUCAAGGCCGAGCUGCUGUUCGCGCACACGCCCAAGUACCCCGAGGAGCCGCCCAGCCUGAAGCUGCGCAGCGUGACGGGCCUCAGCGACUCCGACCUGGCGGAGGCCACUGCCGUACUGGAGGAGCAGGUGCAGGCCAACCUGGGCAUGGCCAUGAUUUACACGCUCAUGGGGGCGGCCAAGGAGUGGCUGCAAGGCCGGGUGAACAGCGGGCCGGUGACGGACCCCGAGGUGGAGCGACG